UAUUUCUUCCAUGCAAGCCUCGCGGCCACUGUCUAGACACUGCCGUCUUGUACAACGCUUCCGUAGUAGUAGCACCUGAGUAACUCCCAUCUGUACCUUUUCAUGGUGCUCCCUGGUACUUGCCUGAGGAUGAGGCAACACAUACCGAAGCAAUACAAGGAGAUCGCUCGCAGCAUGGUCCUUGAGCAUAGUCUCAAGUACAAGAUGGUCAGUAUAUAUACCGGCAUAAACGUGCAUGCAAUAAGGUGCUUGGCGAAGAACCACCUCGAAACGGGAGAGGUUGAAAGGCCUCCAAUCUGUAGCGGCCGUCUGUGUCUUCUUGACACACUUGAGGUGAACGUAGGUAGCCUGACUCUUGCCAUUAUCUGACAAACUACAGUACUGUACUACUGCUGCAUGCAAUUACUCUAUGGCCCAAAUGGAUCGGUCAUCGUUGUCGUGGCGCGACUGUGACUAGAAAUGUCCAGGAAAGGCCCGACUGGUCUCCGGUCACAAAAUGGUCACAAGCUUCGCCUGAGCUCGGCACCUGCUAAGCUGUGUAAAUUAGACCUCGGUUACGAUGAGUGAUUUUUUUGGAGGGGCCUAUCGUUCUGAAUGUAGCUGGAAUACGGGCAUCUGUUGACAUGCAGAGCAAAGCAGGUGCCAAGUAUAGCGCAGGACGGCGGGCGGCGCGCCGCUUUCCGGAUUCGGAAUUGCGACGGACGCGGGGUCGAUGACUGGUGCCCCGCACUCGGCGUGCUCCGGCGCUCCAAGAGGCUCGUCCCAAUCACAUGGGCCGCGUUCCGAACGGGACCAUCUUCAGUUCUCCGGUUCCAGAGCUAUUCAAGUAUACAUAUGACCUAGCCCCUCCCUCAGGCCCACGCAUCCCCUCCUCUCCUCCCCCUUUCCCAUUUCUCUACGCCCACCAUGAGCUUCAACGAACGCGCUGCUUUCCAGGCCGAGGUUGCCAAAGUCGAGCAAUGGUGGAAGGAUUCUCGUUUCGCUCGCGUUACGCGUCCGUACACUGCUGCUCAAGUCGUCUCGAAGCGGGGAACCAUUCCCAUUUCGUACCCGUCUAACCUCCAGGCUAAGAAGCUCUGGGGCAUCCUCUCAAAACGUUUCCAGGAGGGUACACCCUCGCACACCUAUGGCGCUCUGGACCCCAUACAGGUUACCCAGAUGGCAAAAUACCUUGAGAGCGUUUACGUCUCUGGUUGGCAAUCGUCCAGUACCGCGUCAAGUACAAAUGAACCCGGCCCUGACCUUGCAGACUACCCUUCCAACACCGUACCGAACAAGGUCGAACAGUUGUUCAUGGCGCAACUCUUCCACGACCGCAAGCAGCGCGAAUACCGUUCAAACUUGUCCGAGGCAGAGCUCGCAAAGACGCCCGUCAUCGACUAUCUCCGACCCAUCGUUGCCGAUGCGGACACCGGUCAUGGUGGUCUUACCGCCGUCAUGAAACUCGCAAAGAUGUUCGUCGAGAAAGGAGCCGCUGGUAUUCACGUUGAAGAUCAAGCGCCUGGAACCAAGAAAUGCGGACAUAUGGCUGGAAAGGUUCUUGUGCCCAUCUCCGAGCACAUCAACCGUCUUGUCGCUAUUCGGUUACAGUUCGAUGUCAUGGGCGUGGAUAACCUGGUGAUUGCACGAACAGACUCUGAGGCUGCGACCCUCAUCACGAGCAAUAUCGACGAGCGUGACCAUCCUUUCGUCCUCGGUUCGACUAACCCUGACCUCCCUCCUCUCGUUGCCGCCCUGACCGAGGCUGAUAGAGCUGGCAAGACCGGUGCUGCCCUGGAGGCUGUCGAAGAAGAGUGGAUGAACAAGGCCAACAUCCAACUCUUCUCCACUACCUUGUCAAACGCUCUUCGUGCACAGACUAACGCUAACGCACAUACCCUUGAACGCUUCAACCAACGUAUCGCACAUGUUUCCUACGCUGAUGCCGUCCAGAUUGCCAAGAAGGAAUUCGGUCUCAAGUCGGUACCAUUCUGGGACUGGGACGCACCACGUACUCGGGAGGGAUAUUACCGAUACCAAGGUGGUACUCAAUGUGCCGUCAACCGUGCCGUUGCUUUCGCUCCCUAUGCUGACUUGCUCUGGAUGGAGACCAAGAGCCCUAUCUUGGCUCAAGCAAGAGAGUUCGCUCACGGAGUGCAUGCUGUUUACCCUCAACAGUGGUUGGCAUACAACUUGAGUCCUUCGUUCAAUUGGGAUGCUGCUGGUCUUGGUGAGGCUGAUAUGAAAGCAUAUGUUUGGGAGUUGGGCAAGCUUGGCUUCGUCUGGCAGUUCAUCACGCUCGCUGGUCUGCACUCGAACGCAUACAUCAGCGACUUGUUCGCAAAGUCGUUCGCUACCGAGGGCAUGAAAGCAUACGUCGAGCUCAUUCAACGCAAGGAGCGAGAAAUUUCAUGUGACGUACUCACUCACCAAAGGUGGAGCGGUGCGGAUUACAUGGACAACCUGAUGAAGACCGUCACUGGUGGCGUUUCUUCAACGGCUGCUAUGGGCAAGGGUGUCACGGAGUCGCAGUUCGAGGCCAAGUCCAAGUUGUGAUACUUCCUUGUUCGACUGCUAUUUGCUUUGUGACUCACUCAUUGGACGUUGAAUGAAUUUAUCGUUUGAUGUUAAGCAUUUGUCCCUCCGGAAUCCAUCUGAUCAUUGUAGUGUGAAUUCUUGUAUUGUACUUGUAGGAUUUAUAUCGAAGGAAGUCUUACUGC